AAGUUAUUUCAGAUUGGAGCCCCGUGGUCUGGAUGAAAACUUCAGUUCACACAGAAAUGGGAAGGUGAACGCCAAAAACCAUGAAGCUCCUGUGAAAAGAGUUCGGAGUAAAGCCGCCGGAGACUGCAGGACCUUUUCUUUUUUCAUUUAUUGGUCGAGAAAACUAUUUAUUGAGCACAAGAUGAUGUCCGACGCCAGCGACAUGUUGGCAGCAGCUUUGGAGCAAAUGGAUGGAAUCAUAGCAGGCUCCAAGGCCAUGGAUUACUCCAACGGGCUGUUUGACUGCCAGUCGCCCACCUCGCCUUUCUUGGGUGGCCUCCGGGUGCUGCACCUGCUGGAGGACCUGCGGGGAUUGCUGGAGCUCAUGGACAACGAGGAGAGGGACAACCUGCGAUGUCAGAUCCCCGAUUCCACUGCAGAGGGGCUGGCAGAGUGGCUGCAGGGACGAUUGACUAACGGCCACGGCUCAGAAACAGUCUACCAAGAACGUCUGUCACGGCUGGAGAGUGACAAAGAGUGUCUUGUUCUUCAGGUAAGUGUUCUAACAGACCAGGUAGAGGUGCAAGGUGAAAAGAUCCGGGACCUGGACAACUGCCUGGAUCAUCAUCGGGAGAAACUAAACACUACUGAGGAGCUGCUGCAACAGGAGCUGUUGAACCGGACAACUUUGGAGACCCAGAAGCUGGAGCUGAUGACCGAGGUGUCCAGUCUGAGGCUGAAGCUGACGUCCGUGGAGAGAGAUCACCGGGACAAUGAGGGCUUGUACCAGGAAGUAACAGACCUGCGGUUCAGGGUGACUGACAUAGAGAAUGAAAGACUGCAGUGUGAGAAGAAACUCAAAGCUACCAAAGAGGAGCUGCAGCUUCUGCAGAGGCAGCUGGAGGAGCGAGAGGAGGAGCUGAGGAGGCUGAAGGAUGAGAGCAGACUGAGGGUGGAGAGCCACAACAGAGCUGAGGGAGGAGACAAAGAUACUGAAGUGUUGAAGAUGAAGAUGGUGUUGGAGUCACUGGCGUCGGCCAACAACGUGAAGGAACAAAGGAUAAAGGAGCUGGAGGAGUCAAUCACAAAGUGCAAGGAAGAGCCGGAGCUGGUCAAAGAGAAGUUUAAGGACGAUGACUACGAUGAUAUCCAAGAUGAUCCCUCGGUUUCCGUCUCCAUGGAGUUGGAUCAGGUCACACCGGCGUUGGAAGGGGAGGCAGGAAGAAGCUCUGGCGAGUCUAUUCCAUGUAUAGCCGUGCUCUCCGAAAUGAAUGACCUUGACAGAGAACGACAGUUACAGGCAGCCGAAAGUUCUUCAGAAAUCCCACAGCUGGGCAGCUCGGCCACAACCAGCAGCACUGAACAGGACAAAAAUAAAGCAGGACUUGGUUCCUCAUCUCCUUCCAGAGCAAGUGAUGGGAGUUUUGGUACCAAGAAGGCCCGUUCUUCUUUCGGCCGUGGCUUCUUCAAGCUGCGUGGAGGCAAGCAGACAACCAGCUCUCCAAACCUGGCUGAGACGGAACGUAAAGGCACAGAGCACCUGGACUUGGCCGGCGUUCCUCCACGAAAAUCUCACGACGGAGCCCUUCUGCCGUCCUCACCAGAAACCAAAAAGAAGUCUAAAGGCUUUAGGAAAUUCUUUGGCAGACUAAAGAGGAGUCACUCUACCUCCUUCAACCUCGACGAUGCAGCAGAGAUGGAGUUCAGAAGGGGAGGAGUCAGAGCCACAGCCGGCCCUCGACUCGGCUGGUCACGUGAAUCUAAAAACAAUGUUGUUGAUGUUCCCUUCUCGCGGUGGAGUAAAGAUGAAGUGUGUGCGUGGCUGCAUGAGCAGGGCCUCGGGUUAUACGUUGCUCAGGGUCAGAGCUGGAUCAAAUCAGGACAAACUCUACUGAAGGCCUCACAACAUGAUCUGGAGAAGGAGCUGUGCAUGAAGCACCCUCUCCACAGGAAGAAGCUGCAGCUGGCUCUGCAGGCUCUCGGGUCAGAGGAGGAAGACCUCAAGUGCAGACUGGACCACAACUGGGUGACCAGGUGGCUGGAUGACAUCGGCCUCCCGCAGUACAAAAGUCACUUUGACGAGGCUCGUGUUGAUGGAUGCAUGCUGCACUACAUGACGGUGGACGACUUGCUGUCUCUGAAGGUGGGCAGUGUUCUCCAUCACCUCAGCAUCAAGAGGGCCAUUCAGGUCCUCCGCCUCAACUGCUACGAGCCCAACUGUCUCAGGAGAAGACCCUCUGAUGAGAACAACAUGACACCAGCAGAGAUCUCCCAGUGGACCAACCACAGAGUGAUGGAGUGGCUGCGAUCUGUGGAUUUGGCAGAAUACGCUCCCAAUCUGAGGGGCAGCGGUGUUCAUGGAGGGCUGAUGGUGUUGGAGCCCCGAUUCAACGUGGAAGCACUCGCCCUCCUGCUCAACAUUCCACCCAACAAAACCCUGCUGAGACGCCACCUGGCAACACAUUUCCACCUGCUCAUCGGCUCUGAGGCACAGCGGCUCAAGCAGGAGUGUCUGGAAAACCCAGACUACAUUGUCCUCACCGCCACCGCCAAGGUCAAGCCUAGACGCAUGUCAUUCGGGGGAUUUGGCACUCUGAGGAGGAAACGUCAGGAUGAUGGCGAGGAGUACGUCUGCCCCAUGAACGUGGAAAUGCCCAAGAGCAGCAGCUUCCAGACGGGCAUCCGGAUCUACGAGGAACCCCUCGAUCAGAUGGAAGACUCUGAAGGGACCGUGAGACAGAUAGGAGUCUUUUCUGAGGAAAUCAACAAUCUAACGAGCAUGCUGAAGGAAGAUGAGUUUUUUCACGAGAUGUCGGUUGACGCAGCAGAGACCCAACACAACUCUGGUGUUUGAUUGAGCCUUUGCUUUGUGAAGAAAAAAGAACAAACUGUGCCAACCACAAUCCAAAUCCCUCCACCGCGUUGUAGUAGAACAUGUGAGACCUCCACUUUUACAGUAUUUUCGUCACACAGCCAAAGCUUUCAUGACCAUAUAUAUAUUUAUUGAGGCUGUCCAAACUAUAAUGCAUGAACUGAAAAUGCAAGGUUUUAUCUCAUUUAUGUACCUCUUAUUAUUCAAACAUGUGUUUUGUUUUCAGUAAUUAGGGAGUUAAGCAUUCUUGUUUUUAGAAUUUAUUUCUCCCCUUUAUUUUGAGUGCAGCACUCUGUUUUCAUGUCCUAAGCUGCAGUCAGAUUCAUUUUUGUAUGUGGUACGUAAAGUUGCUAUAUCAUUUUAUUCAAAUUACAGCAAACAUACUUCCAAUUACUUCUAGUGGUAUCUAGACACAAAGUAGUUUGGGUUUUAUUUGCCCAGGUUUGAGAUCUAAGAUUUCUGCCACCAAUACUCAACUACAUUGGAGGUGAUCAGGGUUUUGUGUGUAGUGCUCACAGCAUUGACAAUUUGCAAAAAAAAUUUAUAGCAGUGUAUCUUUCCAGAAAGUUUCUCUACACUGUUUAGAGUGAAGUCUGUCGGUAAGAGACGGCUUCCAUUGGAACUACUUCUUUCUCUUAUGUGAACAGUUGUUCUGUGCGUCACCCAGGACACUAAAGAUAUUUUUUUUGCUACUGUUUUCAAUGCUGCGAGUACCGCAAAUGUUACUCCAUUCACCUACAUAGUGUUGGGGUUAAGACAGAAAUCUCAAAACCAGAGUGAAUUAAACCAACAAUAUUUUCCUGGCUAGAAACCACUCGUGAUUGUGCUUUUAAUUAUGAAACUACAACCCUUCAUUGAGUGAUUAGCUUAGCAUAAGGACUGGAGGCAUUGCUCUCUCUUAAACUCACUAAUUAACACAUCUUUUUUUCUAUAAUCCAAACACCACAUAACUCUGCCUAAAACCACAAAUUGACCAAAUGAGAAACAUAUUAAUUAGUGAGCAUUAAAGGGACCUGAAGGUGUAUUUUUUAACUCUACCCUCUGCUUCUAGUCUCCAUGCUUAGCUAAUAACUCCUGGCUUUAGCUCUAUACUUAACGAGUGGUAUUGAUCCUGUGACCUAACUAUUGGCAUGGAAGCAUUUUCUUCCAAAUGUCAAACACUAACUUUUAAGAAAGUAAACAUGGAAACCAAAGUUUUUUUUUUUUUUUAAUUUUUGGUAAUAAAAAAGGAGAAAAUGCA